GGGAACGUUCAGCUGAGGAAGCUCUUCCUAAUAUUUUGCCUUAUAAUCUUCAAGAUCAUGCUCCCCUUCACGAGAAUGUCAAUUUAUAUAAUCAUAAUAAUUCAUCAAUUGAAGUUAAACACCUUAUUGAAAAGAUGAAAAAUGUCAAUGAUCGUCUUUUUGAUUAUCAUGUUGUGAAUCUCUUCGAAGAAAAUCUUACGGACCCUGUAAAUAGAGUUUUUUCAGAUGAAGAUAAAAAUCUAAUGAGAAAAAUUUGGGAAGGAAUGGAGCCAUCAGUUGAAGAGAAGUCAGAAACAAUACAUAGAUCAAAGUGGAUAAAGAUUAUAAAACCCCUGGUUGAAAAAUAUGCAUCCGCAAUCGAAACUCAAUCAACCCCAAUUGAAAUUAUUUUUGAUUGUCCAUUUGAGGGAAAAUUUGUCUUUGAAUUAUGGGUCCAGGACAUCUAUCGGAGAUUUACAUUUCUGUUCACUUCUUCCUUUAACUUACUCCAUGAUGCAAAUACAUCUGAAUUUUUAUAUCGAGAGUCAUUUAUCAAUCCUAUUAUUCCUAGAAUUUUUGAUGACAUGAAAUACAGUAUUAGAUUUCCAACAGGUGAAAUAGAGAGCAUGCUACGGAAACAACAAAGAAACCAAACAAAAGGUGAAACUCCACAGGUAUUACUUGGAUCUAACCAUGAUGGAAUUCUUAAAAUAUGUAUAAAUGCAGUUGAGAUAGAAAUUGGAUAUUUAGAGGUUGUAGGAAAUGCAAUAAUUGUUGAUUUUAAAAAAAAACGUGAAGAUCAGGAAAAGUUGUUUAAAGAAUGUGAUUUAUUAAUUUACUCAACGCAUUGUUCUCAUGAAGGUUUACAUCUAGUCAAUCUUGUUACAAAGUUUACAAUUCCAAAAGAUAGAGAUCAAGCACAUAUUAUAAAAGAAAUAAUACAAAAAACUUUUUUUUUUAAGAGUCGUGUGAUGGAUUAUUUUCACAAAUUACAACAAAUUACUAAAAAUUCAUAUGAAUUCACUUGUACAAACGAAAAUCCUUUAGAAGCAUCGCCAUCAAAGAAA